UCACUCGCUAGCUUCAGCUUUCAGUUUCAGCUGCUGGUGGAGGAGCCCACCUCUGCAACGCAUUUGAGCUCGGUCAAACUCAAGAACCAGAAGAAAUCAUGGUGAAGAUAGCUUUUCAACCGGUAUCGGCACAGAAGCCAGAAAAGAAUUACGAUGCCGAUAAGGAAGAGAUUAAUGUGCCUUAUCCACAUGAAGAGUUGGUGCUUCCACUUCAGUCCAAGAAGUCCCCAAUAAAUGGCCUAUGCUGUCUAACAUUUGGUCUUGUGAUUGUCAUGUCCGGUCUGGUUCUGGCUUCCAUCUGUGUUUACCGCUACUACUUCAUUCCACAGAUUCCUGAGGAUGUGCUCUUCAACUGCCACAUGCUGUAUGAUGAUGUCGGUGUGCAUGCACCGCUGCGUGGCCGUCAGGAGCUGGAAGAGAAUGUUGGCAUUUAUCUGCAAGACAACUAUGAGCAAAUCAGUGUCCCCAUUCCCGAGUUUGGUGGCAGUGACCCUGCUGAUAUUAUUCACGACUUUCAACAGGGCCUGACUACUUAUUAUGACAUUGCCUUGGACAAGUGCUACGUCAUAGAGCUAAAUCCCGCUAUUGUCAUGCAACCAAGAAGUCUGUGGGAGCUACUUGUUAAUGUCAAGAAGGGCACAUACCUGCCUCAGACCUACAUUGUCCGAGAAGAGAUGAUGGUGACGGGCCGCAUCCGCAACCUGCGCCAGCUAGGACCUUUUAUCCACCGACUGUGCUAUGGCAAAGAGACCUACAAAUUGAAGAGGCGCAGUGCACGUAGGCGCAUUGACCGACGCGAGACCAGAAACUGCCACAGUAUUCGUCAUUUUGCCAACACAUUUGCAGUAGAGACGGUCAUCUGUGGCCCGGUAUAAACAUGCUCCACAUCACCCUCAAUCCCCCACCCAGUGAAGUCCCAAACAGUACACUGGAUCUCCCAUACAUUCAGCUUUAUUGCACUUUAAAACAGCAUGGUAAACUAAAUGUUGUGUUUGUGUUGUUUUUGUAUUUGUUUGUUUUUGUUUGACCCAAUCCUGAGUUACAAUGUAAUUUUGGGUUGUGUGUCUUUGUUUUUAUAAUAUACCACACCUUUUCUUUUUUGUAAAGAUAACUGUUGACCAUGUUGAAGUCGUUCCACUGACUUAAAUAUGUUCAUCCAAGUUUUAUAUUCCUUAACAUUUAGGGAAGAUUGUCAGAAUUUUAUACAUGUAUGUUCUUGUGUCUUUCUUUUUUCUCUCUCUUUUUUUUGGUCUUACCCCUUUGAGUAAUAUGUGCGAUGUCUACGGUAUUGGGAUGCUUGGUAUGAAAAUGCCGCAUGUACUAUGCACUGACCUUUAUUCUACUUUUUUUGGUCAUGUUGUUUUAUGUAUAUCUGUUCCUCCAGGGUUUUAAUUCCUUGGAGGUAUAUGUAAACUUGUGUUUGUUAGGAAAUCCAAAAUAUGAAGAUCUUGUCAUGAAGCCACAACAUACCUCAUAUUUUAGAAUCUACUUUUUGGUUAUGAUUUUAGUUGGCUAUACUUUUGCAGUCUAUCGAAGCAAUACAUUUAAAUUUUCAUAUCUUAAAUUACAUUUAUCAGGAUCAAUGUUGCAUAAUGGUAGCUUGUUCUGUAAUAUUUUCUCCCAGACUUGUGAUGAAUGUGCUAAUCCGCUUUCCAAAUGUAACAUAGUACCAAGAUUCUCAUCAAGCAUCUCUUCCGCUUUGUCAGUAAAUGGUUUCACGUACUGUAGACUGUUUACAGUACCGUAUAUGAUGACAUGUUUGUACAGUUUGUUUUGUGCGGUCUCAUCAGACUUCUAAAUGCUGUAAAGGGGAACCCCUAUGCAGGCUGUGGUAGCUUUUCUUAUGUCAAGUACAUGUAACCUGUGAUUUGACCAAUAGUUUACAUUUUCAAUAGUGGAUAAGGCUAUCAUGUAGUUGGCAUACUCAUCUCCCCAACCCUGGUAUCUUUUUUUUUUGGAUGUGCAUGGUAGAGGUGUCUGGAAAAAAAACCUUUUUUAUGAAUAUGGACACUGAAGUUAGAGCUGAACGGAAUGUAAAUGCCUAUUUUUAUUUAAGUCUCAAUGUUCUUUGUAGAUGUUCUUAUUCACCUGCUUGUACAAUUCUUACAACAAAUAAACUACAGAUAGUGAAGUUC